AUGCCUCUCGACACGUCCUCAUAUUCGCUCGCCUUGCUGCGUCUUGACGGCCGCCGCUGGAACGAGCUGCGUCGCAUCCAUGCCCAGAUCAGCACCCAGGCCGCCGCCGACGGAUCGUCUUACCUGGAAAUGGGCAAUACCAAAGUCGUGUGCACCGUGACCGGUCCGUCCGAGGGCCGUCGCCAAGGAGGCGUUGCUGCUGCUCAGCGCGAAGGCGAGGCCAAGAUCGAGGUCGAGAUUGGCUUUGCGGGCUUCAGCGGCAUUGAGAGGAAGAGGAGGGGUCGUGGCGAUAAGCGCACGUCCGAAAUGCAGCAUACCCUUGUCCAAGCUUUCGCGUCGACCCUGCACACCCAGCGCUACCCUCACAGUACGAUCUCCAUAUCGCUACAUAUCCUUUCACAGGACGGCUCGCUGCUGGCCGCUUGCCUCAAUGCCGCCACCCUCGCUCUUGUCGAUGCUGGAAUCCCCAUGAGCGAUUACCUUGUUUCCUGCACGGCCGGCUCCACCGCCUCCUAUGCCGCCAACGACGAGCAAGCCGACCCGUUGCUCGAUCUGAACAACCUGGAAGAACAAGAGCUUCCGUUUCUGACGGUCGGCUGCUUGGGCCAGCGGGAGGAAGUGAGCGUGCUAGUAAUGGAGACCAAAGUGCAGAUGAGCAGACUCGAGGCCAUGCUGGCCGUCGGUGUCGACGGGUGCAAACGCGUGCGGGACAUCAUGGAUGGAGUGGUGCGGGCGCAUGGGAGACGAAUGCUGGAGGCCACCUCAAGCUGA